GCUGGGCGGCGCUGGGUGCAGGCGGGCCUCGUGGGGACGCUGAGUGGGGCCGAGCGGACACGGAGGGCUCCGGGCUGGAGACUAGCUGCCUGCAGCCAUGACCCUUGUAGCCUGUCCCUCGGCUCUGGCCCGGGGCAUUUAAUUCCUUGCACAGUCGUCUGCAGCUGCAGAGGAGCCGGCCGCUGUCCGUUCGUCGUCCUUGGCGCCUUAUCACUCCUUUCCACAGAACUGGGAGCAGCGCGGGCAGCCGGCGCACCCGUGCAAACUGGGGGUGUCUGCUGGAGCAGCCACCGCCGCUGCCGCCCCCGGCUUUGGCCAUGGUCCGGCGGGGCGCGGGGCCAAGAGUCCCGGGGGAGCCCGUGGUGGUCGGGCUCAGUUUGCGGUUGCUGCUGCUGCUGCUGCCGCUGCUGCUGUUCUUGGGGCCGGUGCGGGGCUUUGGGGACGAGGAGGAGCGGCGCUGCGACCCCAUCCGCAUCACCAUGUGCCAGAACCUCGGUUACAACGUGACCAAGAUGCCUAACCUGGUGGGGCACGAGCUGCAGACCGACGCCGAGUUGCAGCUGACAACCUUCACGCCACUCAUCCAGUACGGCUGCUCCAGCCAGCUGCAGUUCUUCCUUUGUUCGGUUUAUGUGCCAAUGUGCACAGAGAAGAUCAACAUCCCCAUUGGCCCGUGUGGCGGCAUGUGUCUUUCAGUCAAGAGACGCUGUGAACCGGUCCUGAAGGAAUUUGGAUUCGCCUGGCCAGAGAGCCUGAACUGCAGCAAAUUCCCACCACAGAAUGACCACAAUCACAUGUGCAUGGAAGGGCCAGGUGACGAAGAGGUGCCCUUACCUCACAAAACCCCCAUCCAGCCUGGGGAAGAAUGUCACUCUGUAGGAACCAAUUCUGAUCAGUACAUCUGGGUGAAAAGGAGCCUGAACUGUGUUCUCAAGUGUGGCUACGAUGCCGGCUUAUACAGCCGCUCAGCCAAGGAGUUCACUGAUAUCUGGAUGGCUGUGUGGGCUAGCCUGUGCUUCAUCUCCACUGCCUUCACGGUCCUGACCUUCCUCAUCGAUUCCUCCAGGUUUUCCUAUCCUGAGCGCCCCAUCAUAUUUCUCAGUAUGUGCUAUAAUAUUUAUAGCAUUGCUUAUAUUGUGAGGCUGACUGUAGGCAGGGAAAGGAUAUCCUGCGAUUUUGAAGAGGCAGCAGAACCCGUUCUCAUCCAAGAAGGACUUAAGAACACAGGAUGUGCAAUAAUUUUCUUGCUGAUGUACUUUUUUGGAAUGGCUAGCUCCAUCUGGUGGGUUAUUCUGACACUCACUUGGUUUUUGGCAGCAGGACUCAAAUGGGGUCAUGAAGCCAUUGAAAUGCACAGCUCUUACUUCCACAUUGCUGCCUGGGCCAUCCCUGCAGUAAAAACCAUUGUCAUCUUGAUUAUGAGACUGGUGGAUGCAGAUGAACUGACUGGUUUGUGCUAUGUUGGGAACCAAAACCUUGAUGCCCUCACUGGCUUUGUGGUGGCUCCUCUCUUCACUUACUUGGUCAUUGGAACCUUAUUCAUUGCCGCAGGUUUGGUGGCCUUGUUCAAAAUUCGGUCGAAUCUUCAAAAGGAUGGGACAAAGACAGACAAGUUGGAAAGGCUGAUGGUCAAAAUUGGUGUCUUCUCAGUAUUAUACACAGUCCCUGCAACCUGUGUGAUUGCCUGUUAUUUCUAUGAAAUCUCCAACUGGGCACUCUUCCGGUAUUCUGCAGAUGACUCCAAUAUGGCGGUCGAAAUGUUAAAAAUUUUUAUGUCUUUGCUGGUGGGCAUCACUUCAGGAAUGUGGAUUUGGUCUGCCAAAACUUUUCACACAUGGCAGAAGUGUUCCAACAGAUUGGUGAACUCUGGGAAGGUAAAGCGAGAGAAGAGAGGGAAUGGUUGGGUAAAGCCUGGGAAAGGCAAUGAAACUGUGGUAUAAGAAUAGCCAGACUCUACAUGGUCCUCAUUUUGAUUGGGGUAUAUUAGCAUUUCAUAGGAAAUGCUGCUAAAAAUUGUAUGUAAUAAAUCUCAGUUUGAACAAACAACACUUAAGCAAGGCCCCCCCCCCAACCGCCCCAUCAUCCUAAAACCAAUGAUUUUGCUGCAGACUUUGGAAUAAUCCAAAAUGGAAAAGCCAGUGAGAGGCUUUCAAAGCUGUGAAAAAAUCAAACUGUUGAUCACUUUAGCAGGUCACAGGUUGAAGUGUGGAGGUCCUGCCUAGGUUAGGCAGUCCAGGGCGAUGCUGCUUUUCCUUGCAGGGUGGGGUUUAAGCCGUGAGUGGGUAAUUUAAUUUGCAGAGAGAAAAAGUAACUUUUUAACCCUUUUAAAAUUGAAAUACUAACAGCCUCUUUCAAAUAACAACGCAAUCUAUAAACACUGGAAACGCUGGUUCAGAGAAGUAUUACAUGAGUUUUUGGUUUGGCUGGUCUAACAUAAACAUCUUUUGUGGUGCAGUGUCUGCUCUUUAGAACUGUGUGGAUUGCACUCCCCAGAGGUGGUGUCAGAAUCUUUUAGUGCCUUUGUCAUAAAACAGAAUUGUUUGAACAAACAAAAGUAUUGUACAAACACACCUAAGGUAUCCGGUGGAUUUGCCUUCUCUCUUUAAUUUCAGUAUCUCUGUGCUAGGCUGCUGCUGUUUUCUUCAUUUUGCAUUCAUAACUCAAAAAAGGUAUUUUUAUAGGAAUUUUUGCAUUGCAGCAUGCCUAAUGAGGGGGAAAAUGAAGGGCGAUUCAUGUCGUGACAAUCACUUAAUUCAGAGGAAAAUGAGAUUGACCAAGUCGACUUACCUUACCGACCCCAGAGACCUAUGGCAUUGAGCAACUGGGACUUAAUAUGUUUUACUUUGUGUGAUUGCAUCUGUGCAGACGCCAGUCUGGAAGAGCUGAAAUGUUAAAUUUCUUGGCAACUUUACAUGUGCACAGAUUAACUGUGUAAUUUGUGUGUGUCAAUUACAAUUAAAAGCACAUUCUUGGACCAUGACAUAGUAUACUCACUGACUUUAAAACUAUGGUCAACUUGCAUUCUCAGAAAGAUAGUGCCUUUUUCCUUUAGCAUAAGAAUGUUAUCAAAGUCUGGUCCACUUAACAACAAUGGAGACUUUUUCAAUUUUGUGAAGGGAACUAAGGACUGCUAAUCCAACUACUUGGUGCAUAAUUGUUUCCUUGUAAUUGGCAAAGGCUCCUUAUAAGAUUUCCUUGGAGGCAGUGUGGCCUGGAGUAUUUAUAUGGUGCUUAAUGAAUCUCCAGAAUGCCAGCCAGGAGCUUGAUUGGUUAGCAGGGAAUAAAGUGUAGACCCUGUGAAAUGAACUGCAAACUCUAACAGCACUGGUCUUAAUUGCCUUUUGUGGAGGUAUCCAAAGCCUUUCAAAUUUAUGCUUUACGUUUCUCACAAGGGGGUACCCCCCUAGCAGCCUCUCAAAGUUGCUGUGCUUUUAAAAUUGUAACUGGCCUCUCUAUUAACCCACCUUAGGCCUUCUAAUCUCCAGAUCUCUGGGGCAAGUUGUUGACAAUGUCACAGGUUGCUCUGUGUAACUUAUACCUGUCUUUGCUUCAGUUCCUGCUUUGCAGUGACUCAUUUAUUUAUUUAUUCAUGCCUUUUUUUUUUUUUUUUUUAAGCAGGUAGGAAAGCUCUCUUUUAUUGUUCUUUGUGGAAAAACAUUUCCAGGGACUCAAAAUUCCAAAAAAGGUGGUCAAAUUCUGGAAAUAAGCAUGCCUUUUUGUGGGGGGCCUAUAGGGGAGGGGUUUUAUGCCCAUGGUUUGCCAUUUCCUCCCCUUAUUUCCUUUUUUUUCCUUGGUUGCUGAGCUGUCUGAGAUGAAGAUGCAUCUAAAGUCUGCUGUGUUUUAGAAGGGAAAGUCUUAGGGCUUUCAAUUGAGGCAGAAGCUAAGUGGGCAUGGAUGGCCUGUGUUACUGUCUGCCAAGCCUGAGUGCCUUGACUGGACUCUGGGUCAGGGCUCCCAGAGCAUGAGAAUUGGUCCCCGGAAGGGCCAGAGUAACUCCAUCAGAGACCACAAUGCCUAUGAAAUGUAAAAUGUGAACUCCCGUGCUGCUUGCAGAUAGUUCCCAUAACUGCCCAGGGCCCCGGAGCAUGCAUCCAGGGACAGAACCUGCCCUUACUCACGCUCUGCUCUAGUGUCUUGGGAGUUGGGCAGAGACUCUGGCCUAGGAAGUGAAGGAUCAUGCAGUCAGGGACUGGUCUUGGUGUUAGAGUAUCGGUUUUGUAAGGCAGUUUUCCUUGUAAUGUCAGUGAUUUUAUGACCAAAGUAGCAGCUUGCAGAGGCUCAAGCAUGGAGUAGGUGCUCGAUAUUUUUGAAUAAUUAAAUGAUAAAAAUAAUAAAAGCCCUCAGAUGAACCUGGG